AUGAGUGAACUCAACCAAUUCAAUGUCUCACAACUCUUUGAUCACUUCGAUGUCGACAAUUCACGAGGACUACACAGCGAACAGAAACAAUCAAUAGAGUUUUCAAAGUCUUUAGUCGUCGACUGCGAGAAUGUGACGAAUAAAUUAACACAAAUUCAUGAAAAGCAAAAACGAAACAAAUUUGAGAUCAUAGGCGAGGAGGAGGUGGUCUUCAAAAUGAUCAGAUCUAACGCAACAAUUGUGGCACAAGAUUUGGAUCAACUCAGCAAACAGUUGAAGAAAUUUCUCUGUUUGAAUGAUAACAUUGAUCACCAAAAGGCAGAUCGUCAUUAUUGGCAGUUAUUCUGGUCUUUAUUCCAAAGAAAAUCGAUUUAAUGACAAAAACUCUUUUGAAACACACAC